AUGCUGAAAUCAUCGAAAUCAAUUUCGCUGGAAGACCUCGCACAAUUCGACGAUCCCGUCGAGAAGGUCGCCAUCGGACGAUUCCGUUGGUGGAUAUGCGGCAUUGUCACCGGUCUGCUCACGCUCGUCCAGGCCAACGUGCACGUCUACAACUUCACCGUUCUCAGUAUGCAGGAAGAGCAGAAGCGAUUCGUCAAUGGUGGCAGCAUCGUGUUGUCAAGCAUGUCAAGAGCAUGA